AUGGCUUUGGCGUCAACCAAACUGCAUAUAUGGGUGGAAGGAACCUUCCUGAAACUUAGUUUUCUCUUUGGUGGUUUUGUGGUGGUGGAUGAAGCUAUUCUUGCAAGAACAAGGUUUGACUUUGGUAGAUUAAGGGUUCUUAUAGAUGUAAAUGUUAAAAUCAAUCCAUUGGUGUUAGUUGCAGCAGAAGGUGUCGAGUUUGAUGUUAAAGUGGUUGGUGAAUCUACAAGUGAAGCAAUUUUGGUUCCCAUGACGCUAGAACUUGAUUCCAUUAAUGGUUUUUCUCCUGCAUCUUCUUCUGGCUUGUUUAGGCAGUCUGGGUGA